AUGAGGAUGAAAUUAAUUCAAACUGUUCCAGUAGAAAUUCCGGCGUAUGCACUCGAACUCUUAUCAGAAUCACAUAUAUUAGUUGCAGGUGGUGGUGGAAAUGUGAAUUCCGGGAUUGACAAUCAAUUUCGUAUAUAUUCAAUUACAAAAGAUAGCUUUCUUAAGCUAGAAAUGGUUUAUCAAUUACCAAUGAAGGAUGCACCAAUGUCUCUUACAAUUGACCUAUCCAAUAAAAUAAUUUUAGCAGGUAUUAAUGAAUUGAGCACGACAUUAACAAAUGGAAAAAAUCAUCAUUUGCAUCUAUUUCAAUAUAAUCAAGAGAAGAAAAUGAUUACUAUUUUAAAAAGUAUUUCAAUAUUUCCUCAAUCAUCUAAUAAUGAUUGGGAUAAUUAUCAACGUAUUACACGGUUUAAUUAUCGCAGAACUCUUUUAGCUAUUGCUUCUGCAAAUGGUUAUUUUGCUUUAUUGAAAUAUCCAUCAUUAAAACUAUUGAGCACAGUUGCUUCUAUAAAACCUAUGGUUAUGGAUUUAGAUUUUUCAUUAGAUGAUAGUAAAUUAGUUUAUGUUUCUUCGUCAAAAUUAUAUACACAUAUACUUUCAACAAAACGCUUGAUCCAUGUUCAAUCAUUAAAAGAAGGUUCAUUUCGAACAAUAAGGUGGAUUAAUAAAAAUUCAUUGAUUACUAUAAUUCAUAGACAUGGAAAAUCCCCACUUUUACAACGUUGGGACUCUGAUUUCUCUACUGAAAAUGAUAUUAAUUCUAAAAAAACAUUAUGGUCUCAAACAAAUGCUCGCUCUUUAUAUAAAACAUCACGGGCAGUUACAUCUAUGGAAAUAGCACAUAACUAUGGAUGUAUAGUAGUUGCAUGUGCUGAUCUUUCUAUCAUCAUUAUUGAUAUUUAUACUUUAACUAUAUUAAAACGAAAAACUAAAAUACAUGAAUUCUCAAUUACUUCAUUAAUUAUUCAUCCAAAAGGAACUCAUAUUUUUACUGCAAGUGCCGAUGCACGACUUCAAGUAAUUAAAGUCUCGUAUAAAAAAGGAUCAUCAACUACUGUUUUUUUUCUAUUUUUUGCAACUAUUGCUGGUAUUUUAGCAAUCAUUUCUAUUAUUUAUCCUGUAUUCAAUCAAAAAUUAGCGAAAUAUUAUCUGACCCUUUUUCGACUAUUAAUACGAAAUUAA